AUGAAGAUUGAAGGAAUUUGAAGAAAUAGAAAGAAGUCACUAAUUUAUGCCAGACGGCGUCUUUAUUUUCAGAUGCAAUCGUUUAAGUUUUGAGUGGUAAUUGUGAAAGGUUACGUGUCGCCCUUGGAUUUAUAUCCAAGCUAAUUACAGUAAAGAAACAAUAUAAUAAUAAAAAAUUCAAAUUCAACAUGGGGGACCAACAGUUCUUUCUAAAAUGGAACGAUUUCCAAACGAAUAUGGUGACAUCGUUUAGGCAUUUGCGAGACGAAAAAAGCUUUACCGACGUAACAUUAGCAUGUGAAGGCCAGACGUGUAAAGCUCACAAAAUGGUACUGUCUGCAUGUAGUCCAUAUUUCAAAAGUUUAUUAGAGGAGAACCCAUCAAAGCAUCCAAUAAUAAUACUAAAGGACGUGUCAUACCUGCAUCUGCAAGCGAUACUCGAGUUCAUGUACGCUGGUGAAGUGAAUGUAUCACAGGAGCAACUCCCUGCCUUCCUCAAGACUGCUGCACGCCUUAAGGUGAAAGGUUUAGCCGAGCCGCCGCCGCAGAUGCCUAGCAUCAAACGGGAAGGCUAGCCCACGCUCCAACCUAGGUCUUUAGAAACACCCCAUGUACAGUGCAUAGCAAAUAACUAUCCACCCACAACGCUUAUUUGUUGAAAAGCUGGCAAGUUUAGUAUUUUUUUAUUUGUACAUAAAAAAGUGAUCGAUUUUUUUACCGCCAAUUUUUUUUUUUUUUUUACUUCUAAUGUUUUUUUUUUAAGUUAAAUGUAUGUGGCAAUUUUUAUGCACUUAUGCAUUUAAUGUUCGUUUUAAAAUGCAUUAUAACUCUUAUUUGGUCAAUGAAAUGCCAGCUUUAAUCGUAGUGCGACCGUACGAGCGUACUUAGUUAUUUGACGUGUACUGUAACUCAUGUAUUUUUACACAGUUUUUCUUUUUUCGUUUCCAUUUUUAUUUCGGUGAUGCGCUUACGCUUGCAAUGGAUGUGCUUUUGUAUUUAACAAUGUUGUGUGUCUAUGUUUUCAUAAAUACAGACAUAUUGUACAUAGUAUUGUCUGUCUGAUUGUUGUUAUUUAAUUAUGAAACUUUCAUCAAUUGAUUCCAGUACUGGAAACGUCAAAAUGGUCUUAAAUUAUAAAAAGACAUAUAUUUUAAAUAAAAAACAAAUCUAUUUGAAAUAAACCACACUUUCUAUUACAACGUUCCGUUGCAAGCGUAUCAUUGCGACCAGUAAAUACGAUAUAAAUAUGUAUUUUAGGAUGAUAUUCCGUAAUUUAGCAAUAAAGCUGUGACAAAGUUUUAACAUAUAGAGAAAUAUAUUUUUGCACAGGCGCUAACUGUGGAAAUUUAUAUAGUACGUGUAAGAGCAGCUGUGCGCAACGGCUGGACAUGGAAUGGUGAAUUUUCCAUGUUAACAUAAAUAGAAAGAUUUCAGUAUGUAACAAUUUUGAAGAUUUCAUAUCUUAAUGUUUUUUUUUUAAGAGAAAUAUUGAGAUGUAAAAGCAAAGCAAAGUUAACUCCAAGUACAGUUGUGGCGAGUCCCUUGUUAUAUCUUGUAAUUAAACGAAGAUAAAAUAAAAAAUGUAUAUGAAAAUAGAGUUAUCUUAUCCCCUAAUUAUAAAAACAUGCAAUAUUUUAACACAGAAGAAAAUGUGACUUGCCUUAAUCGUCGAAAUCUCUCAUACAGUAAUAUAUUUUUCAAUUCAGAACCGCAUAAAAUAAAUAUCAUAGUAUUUAAUAGGUUUUUUGCGCAUAGUUUUUAAGUAUUUGUCGUGUGUAUUAUUCACACCAGCCUGUGAAAUAAACUUGGCUAAACAAUAUAAUAAUUUCUUUUGUAGGGAAUCUCUGAAAACAUUGAAACGGGAAUACAAUCGUGUUUUCAUGCUUUGUUUGUUAAUUAACUCCCGAUAAAUGGACGAUGGUCUCGAAUAACAUCAAAUAUUAAGAUUGUAAACAAGACAUCUCGGGCUGUUUUCGCAGCUUCCUGAUAUAUUGUGUUCUGUAUAGCGUAUCUGUCAAUUAAAAACAUCAAUAUUGUAUGAGAAUUUACGUAAAAAAUGUAUAAUAAAUCAAAAGCAAAUCGACUAUCAGACACGUUAUCAACGAAAUAACAUAAUUUACAAAUUUCACAUCUGAUAAUAUACUUUAUUCUCAGUCUUUUCAAAAAAUAUUUUAAAAAAAUUCACAUGUAACAUUCCAAAGUCCAAAGUCCAUUCAUCGAUAUAAUGUUAACACCACUCAUACAUCACUAGAGCGCGUAAUAUUUUUUUAAUAAGUGCAAUUAAAUGCAAAUAGACGAUAGGCUGAAACCUAAGUUCUAUCAAGAUCCAGUCAAAUGUGGAACCUAGAGGAUAUUAGUGAGUAAUACAUUUAUUUUUAGACUACUUACUUAUUCGAAACUGUAUUUACGCCUUAAACGAUGACACAGCUGAUGCUCGAUGUGUUAGCACCACUGAGAAAUAGUGAAAAAUAAGAGAAAUCUAUCAAAAUGUAUGUUUGCCUGAUUCCAAAAGUUAGUCUGCCUUAGUCCGUGAGUUACCUGCAACCAAAGUAUAGAGUAUGAAGCAAAGCAUACUGGGGCAUGAUAGCUAACUGAAUGUUUGACCACCGACGGUUGCCUUAUUUUGUCGCCAAUGCAAGAUUGUUUCGUCGCUUUAAAGGUUUCAUUUAUUACGUAGGUGUAUUCGUGUUUGUUAUAUUUCAUAUCGUCUACACUCUGCCUAGUAUGAUACUGCCUGAAAAGUGCAAAAAUAAAAUUGCCAUUUAAGAACAAUAAUUGAUUGGAAUAAGUUACUACGUGUAAUGAUCUACUGUAAAUUUGUAAGGAAUUAUAUACACAAAAUAGAGUUUCGAAAACGAACUAAUGAAAUUAUUGUAUUGUCGCCGAUCCCUGAUAAGUGUACAAAGUUUGAAUUAAAUCUGUACAUUUUAAAUGGGUAAAAUCAAGUCCAAAUAAAAUAAAAGAGUUGGUUACAUACGCACAUAUAAGUGAAACUAAUUAUUUUAAAAACAAUAAAAUAUGAUGGUACACACAUUAAUAAGAACUAAAAUUCUUUGAAAUACUUUAAAGGAUGAAAUGAAUUUUGCAUUGGAAAGCCUUAAUUCUGCUUCGUUUUAGAGUGUAAGUGUUGUGGAUACAUUUGUGCUUCGUACACGUAGCAAUGUAUACUUAGUUGCAUAAUACUUGCGAAAUGCAAUCUAAUUUUAUAUAAUUAAUCAUUUUUGUACUUCAUUGGGCUGAGUUUAUUCACUCGUUCAUUUAUUCAUUUAAAAUUUAGUAGAUAAAGAUACUGCGCCCAUGAUAUUAAUUUUAAGCAUUUUAUCAUUCGUAUUUUUCGAUCUAUGUUCAUUUAGCUCUAUGAUUUAAGUCAGUACAAAUCAUUCAAACGUUCUUAUCUUCCUUAGUUAAGGUGCAAUCGGUAAUUUGUAUCUCACUUUGUAUAUUUUCAUAUUUUCCCGACACGUUCGUUAGUUUGUAAUCAUUUUGUAUGCUUAUUUUUCAUUCCCUUGCCUUUCUCGUUAAUAAAAUUAAUAAUAGUUGUUGUAAAAAUGUAAAUCUGUUAUUUUUAGACAGAGAUGACUUGUGCUACAUAGUGAACACGUGACUAGUUUGUAACGAAAUUAUGAAAGAUUUGUAAUUUUAGAUUAUACAAAUAAAAGGAAAUUAGCAA